AUGCAAGGAAAAAAUGAGACGGAUAUCACAGAAUUUAUACUCUUGGGACUGUCCAGUGACCCUGGGGCCCAGAUGCUUCUCUUUACUCUUUUUCUCAUCCUUUAUUUGGUGGCCUUGGUGGGGAACGGUCUCAUCCUUCUUGCUAUCAGUUUGGAUAAAAGACUCCACAAUCCCAUGUAUUUCUUCUUGGGCAAUCUCUCCGUGAUAGACAUUGGGUACAUCACUUCCACCGUGCCCAAAAUGCUGAUGAAUUACCUCUCUCAGGACAAGAGAAUCUCCCUAGCAGGCUGCCUCUCCCAAAUGUAUUUCUUCAUCUCCUUUGGUGGAGUUGAGUGCCUUCUGCUUGGUGUCAUGGCAUAUGACCGCUAUGCAGCUAUUUGCCAUCCACUCCACUACAAUGUACUCAUGAGCCCCAAAAUCUGUGCAUCUCUUGCAGGAGCCUCUUGGAUUCUGGGCUUGUCUCACUCAGGUGUUCAUGCAGGUAUGAUAACUCGUUUGUCCUUCUGCAGAGACAAUGUCAUCCAGCACUUUUUCUGUGAUCUUCCACCUCUACUCCAGCUCUCUUGCUCUGAUACCCUGCCCAAUCAAAUUUGUAUAUUUGUGGUGGGAGGAACAAUGGUCAUGGGCCCAUUUCUGGUUACUUUGGUGUCAUAUGUCUACAUAGUUGUGGCCAUCCUCAGGAUCCGUACUAAGGAAGGGCGUUGCAAGGCAUUUUCCACCUGUGCCUCUCACCUGGCUGUUGUCAAUAUCUGUUUUAACACCAUCCUCUUUACAUACCUACGCCCCAAUUCUACUUAUUCCCAAGAGCAGUAUCGAGUCUUACCUGUACUCUAUGGCAUUUUAACACCCAUGCUGAAUCCAAUAAUCUACAGCCUGAGGAACAAGGAUGUGAAAGAAGCGUUCUGGAAAAUCUUGGGGGGAAAGUAA